ACAGAACAAUUAUGAAGACAUCUAAAUACCUCACUAUAUUCCUAUAGACGUUCAUAUUCUAUUUUCUUUUUUAAUCAUUCUCUUCGGCUUCCUAUUACAUUCCCAUUUGUAUUCUGAGUUUAACUUCAUAAUCACAAGUCACAAUGCAACAUGCCACAAUAGCAUCAAUGGCAUCGGCAUUCGCCAAGAUUAAGGUGAAUGAUAAUAAGUAUCCUCGAGAUAACGAGUCACAAUAUUCCAAGACGGAAUCCAAUGACGCAUCCUGGAUGUCCCUCCCUCGCAAAGACCAAUUGGCAAUCAUCUUCCUGUGUCGCCUAGUCGAUUUCCUGCAGGUAGCAUCUCUACAGGCUUAUGUCUUCUUUCAACUUAAAGCCAUUGACAAUACCCUCUCCGACUCCGAGAUAUCAAAUCAGUCAGGCAUACUCCAAGGUGCUUUUACUGGAGCACAAGUCCUCACUGCGUUUCUCUGGGGUAAAGUUGCAGAUGCCAGCUGGUGUGGACGAAAGCCAGUUCUCCUCAUUGGACUCUUCGGAACAGCAGUUUCGUGUCUAGGUUACGGAUUUGCAACUAGCUUCUCCUGGGCUGUAUUUUGGCGCGCCGCUGGAGGUGGCAUUAAUGGUACUGUGGGAAUAAUACGAACUAUGAUUGCUGAGAUCACAGUCGAGAGAAGAUAUCAGUCUCGAGCCUUUCUGAUACUGCCUAUUAGUUUUAGUUUAGCAAAUAUAUUAGGACCUCUGACGGGAGGUUUGUUAGCCGAUCCCGCAACAUCACUUCCAUACCUGUUUGACGAGGGUGCUAUUUGGAGUUUUGGCUGGAUUCAGAAGUAUCCCUAUGCUCUACCAAGCGUCCUCAAUGCCGCCACCUUGGCGAUCACAGGUUUAGUAGUAUUCUUUGCUCUUGAAGAGACUUCAAGCGAAAGAAAAGGGAAGAGAGACAUUGGCAUAUAUCUUGCUUCUCGUCUAAAGAGCAUCGCGCUUCGCGAGCCUCCUUUAGAGAGUGGUUAUUCUAAACUCCAGCCAUGGAAUUCUCCAGACAGUCCAGUUGAGUCCAGGGAAGAUAACGAGGGACUACCCGCGUACGAGAAGCCGAAGUCCAAGAGAAACGGAAGAACGCUGCCGUUUAGUCGCGUAUGGACACGAAAUGUUAUUUCUACAUUAAUAACGGAAGCAUUCUACGAUUUUCAGCUCGGUGCAUUCACUAACAUAUGGACGCUUUUCCUUUCAUCGCCCCGCUCAUCGCCGAAUGAAACUGCAUCUCAAUCCUUACCAUGGAUAUUCACAGGCGGGCUCGGCAUGCCUGCUGCGACAGUUGGCGUUGCGACAUCUAUCUUGGGAAUCUUAGGCAUUAUUCUUCAGAUUUUCUUCUACCCCUUUGUCCACGCGCGCUUGGGCACCUUACGUGGCUUCCGGUGGUUUUUGCCAUUAUUCCCUAUCGCAUACGUUCUUGCACCAUAUCUCGCCGUCAUACCAUCAUCCUCUCCACCGUCGGAGCCUGCCUCAGGCCCUGCAAUAUGGAUAUACGUGACUUUAAUCCAAUUCAUUCAAGUUACCGCACGUACGAUCACAUUGCCAGCUAGCAUUAUAUUGUUAAACAACUGCAGUCCUCACCCAAGCGUGCUGGGUCUCAUUCAUGGCCUCGGACAAAGCGUGUCAGCGAGCUUCCGGACGAUUGGACCCAUUGUAGGCGGAUGGUGGUAUGGCUCGGGGCUGGAAAUGGGGAUGGUAGGUUGGAGCUGGUGGGCUGUUGCAUUGGUCGCGGCUUUAGGUUGCGCAUCUGCGAUGCUUGUCUACGAAGGAACUGGCCACGAGAUCUUGCUCGAAGGUGAAAAGGACGAGGUUCAUUCGGGGUAA